AUGCCAGCUCCAGCAGGACUCAUGGCCGCUCUUCAGGCCAAACAGGCCGGCGGUGGUCCCAAGAUUGGUGGCCCAAGAUUGCCUCCACCACCACCCGCCAAGAAGAAAAAAGAGGAAUCCACCGCUAUCAUUCCAGAAGGGAAACUCUUUCAUUUUGAUACAGAAAAGGAACAUGUGUUGAUGGAUCUGGCCAAGCAAGAACCACUUCUUACGCAAGACAGUAAUGGAAAUGCCAAUGUGGAUAUUCUAGUGCCGUUGGCUCCCUGUGUGUAUCGGAUGACCGACUACACCAUUGCCAAGAAACAACCCAUCGAAAUGAGAAGGUGCAUCAUCAAAUUGGGUGUCUUGAGGUGUUUGCAACGAGAAUGUAAGACCAUGAAUAAUUUACUUUGGAGCCGAUUGAGUCCUUCCAGUGAUAAUGCCUUUGGAGCGAUUGAUUUGGACGCGGAUUCGGAAGACCAGGUGAUAAAACUAAUUGGUGGAACCAUUGAAGAAGAUGAAUUGGGAAAAGUCAGGUUUAUGGAGUUGCUGUCGAACUGUGGCGUAUUUCAGAAAGUGUCCGAACUAAUUCUGAAAAGAGCUGGAGUCGCUCACGAACGAGUCACAAACAAUGAUACUAUUGAUGAUGAAAACAAUCCCUUUGAGAUUCCUCAAAUCCGUGUGGAUGGAUUAGAUGACUUCCUAGCAGAGCUAGAGAAACUGAAUCCUUCGCUACAAAAGGCACGAGAUGAAAUUUUGGAGACUCAAACGGUCAGCUUCUAUCCUGGGUUGGGUGAGCUCUUUACACCUGGAGCCCAACUAGUAUGCCAUCCCGAAGGAAUGGAAGGAAGUCCGCUUGGUUGCUCUUGCGUACAAUCUUGGUACACGGAAGAAUUGAACAAGGCCACUAAUACCAUGAAACGCCGAUUCAUUCUGGUCAUUGAAUUCAUGGUAUCCGUCGGUGACGAGGUUGUCUUUGUUGCCGCUUCCGAUGUCUAUCCAGAAUUUCAUGAUCCCAGUCGCAAUGUACCCAUUAAGGAUUUGACCCACCGCAAGCUGUUGCCAAAUCAAAAUCCAGCCGAUCAAGAUUUGCUGGAUCGUUUGCAACAACGAGGAGAAUUCUACGCCUCAGUAGCCACCCACAAUCACUAUUUGGAAUAUCAGUCAGAUUGUUUCUUUCCCAUUAUCCGUGGUGGAUGGAGCAACAAUGCCGUCAGACCGCUUUCCAAGGGUGGUCGUGUCAUGAUUGAUGUCAAGCGUGGUAUUUUGGAAGGACACAUCCCCGUCAGAGGUACCUCUGAUGGUAUGUCCGAUACCGUCAAGGAGGCCAUUAAACUUUUUGAACAAAACAAAAGAACAGGCAUCGCAGUUCCGUUCCGAACGGCCAUUCUUCCCGGCUUUGAUGGAUCCGAAAAGAAGAAGGAUCUGUUUGGUGAAGAACAAGGAGAUUCUGAUCGACCCCACCUCUGGCAAACGUGGCCAAUGCUGACUGGAUUUUCCUUUACGGCGCGAGUUUGGGGCAAACUUUUGUUGAGUCUGCCCAAAUCGAAGUCACCUGCUGCCCCACAAGAUCCCUUGAUGAGUCCUCGUCGGGCCUCCGCCAACAAGUUGGGUGUCCAACGCGGAGGAUUGGGUGGUGAAGGCAAGGCUGGCAACUGUGGAUACAUCCAAUUCCAAGAAAAAGCCUUUGAGCAAUUAGUCUUGGCCGAAGAUAAGAAAGAAUUGAUUCGAGCCGUUGCUAGAAACGCUGGUGGUGGUCCUCGCUUUGACGAGGAGGACAGUGAUGACGACUAUGAUGAUGAUGAAGAUGAUGAGAUUGGACUCGAUGUGGUGGCCAACAAGGGUGCCGCAUCCAUCUUUCUCUUGCACGGUCCUCCUGGGUGUGGUAAGACUCUAACUGCCGAAGCCAUUGCGGAACUAUUGAAGAAACCACUGUACGUGGUAACCGCUGGUGAUUUAGGUAUCACUGCCGCCGAAGUGGAGAAGACGCUUGGAUCUGUAUUGGAACUGUGUCAGACUUGGGACGCCUUGGUGUUGAUUGACGAAGCUGACGUCUUUUUGGAAGCUCGGAACAGUACCGAAAUCCAACGGAAUGCCUUGGUCUGUGUCAUGCUGCGCUUGUUAGAAUACUACUCGGGAUGCCUGUUCUUGAGUUCCAAUCGAGCCGCUUCAAGUAUUGACCCUGCCAUUGCCUCUCGUAUCACUGUCAUGCUUGGUUACCCGUCAUUGGAUGAGUCGGGUCGCACCAAGGUAUGGACAAACUUGAUUGGUCUGGUUCCCGAGCAUCCCAUUGAUCCCGAAACUGGAGAAAUGCCUCACAAGAUUGCCAAGAGUUCUCGUCGGGCUGCCAAGUACCGUGUGCCCUUUUCCGAUGAGGAUUACCAAGAAUUGGGUGCCGCCUACUUGCUGAAUGGACGGCAAAUCAAAAAUUCUAUUAUAUUGGCCCGUGCACUCGCAAGAGAACGUGGACUUCCGCUCUCCAAACCAAUUCUCAAACGAGCUGUCACUGCGGUGGUAGGUUCCAAGAAGAAUGCGAUGAUGAAACCUCAAGGGAAAAUAAAACGUUCAGCAGUGACGAUGAUCAUCUGGGCCAUGGUUAUUAUAGCUCUGUUUUUGGCCAUGUUAUUAUCAGCGACCCAAGUAUGGACAUCACAUACGCACGAAGACAAAAUAGUGGCAGGCCCCUUGAUUGAAGCUCCCGUUUCAGUUUCGUCACUACAGAGAAACAAGACAAGUUCCUCUUCUACAGCAGUUGUUGAAGUAUUUCCAUUACUUCCCUAUUCAGAAUCCUUACAAAUAUUAUCGCCAACGCCACCAGCCGCGAAGCGACCAAAGUUGCUAUUGGGCAUUGUCAGCCAUGGUUUUCAAUACAAGCGCAACAAACAACGGCGGCGGGUGAUUCGUCAUACCUACCUCAAAUAUGCCGAGACCUUGUCUGGUACCAAAAUUUGCCGAAAGGAUGAAGUUAUUGCCAAUCCAGAAAUUUUGGAAGAAUGUGACGUAGUCUAUGCCUUUCUUCUAGUGGAAGCACUUCACAGUCAAUACGCAAGCAAGGAGAUUCAGGCCGAUUUCCGAAAAUACGAGCCUGAUUCCAUUUAUCUUCCACCCAAGAUACAAGAUGACUUUGUCAUUUUGUCAGAAUGGAUCAAGUGGUGUCACAAUUACUUUGGUACUGCUGAGCAUCCAUUCUUGCUGGACAAAAUGCACUACGUUGGAUUGAUUAGUGCCCAAGUCAACAUUUAUCCCACCCCCUUUUUCAAAAAGAAUGAACUCUUCAAACAGUAUUCACCAUCCACCUUUGCAGGCAUCCCGGUGGGUGACAGCAAUAAAAAGUUUGAAGACGAUUUCUUGUGCUUUUCCAGAGACAUGGUGGGCUACCUGAAAGAGCCACCACAAAUGCCAAAUAAGCCAAAAGAAGAAGAAGAGGAGAACAUGGCCGUGGAACCUUUGGCACAACGAGUCUCCAAACACUUGAAGAAGAAAGUAAAGGCCGACGAUGGACGUAAAAUCAAGAGAAUGGGAGUCAAGGGACUUCCGUUUUGUGGUGCCAUGGCAUUCCCAUCCCUCGAAUACUGGGAUCAGUACAUGGAACGAGUAUUUAAAUACGAAGACAAAUCCGAAGAAACGCUUAUUCGAACGGUUCACAAUAACACGAUUCCAACCUUCCAGGGCAAACCUAGGUUCUUGAUGGGUAUAUUCACAACCAACACAUCCGAUUUGGAAGAAGAAAGACGGAAAGUGAUCCGAGAAACCUGGCUUCCGUCGUACAGUACGAGUGAGACUCCUCAUCGGAUCUGUUCACUACAGCAACUACUCAAGAAAGAGAUAAAGCAAAGCGAUUGUCAAGUUGCCUACACCUUUGUCAUGGGCGCCAACGAAACUGCGCCCUAUACCUUGCCCAUGACUACCCCCUUGGAAGCCAUGACGGUGCCAGGUUCAGAACCGGAUGCUGUCUACUUGAAUAUUAAAGAAAACAUGGAAGAUGGCAAGACGGAAACAUGGUUUCACUUUGUCGAAGUAAUGUCCAAGGUACUCUACUUUGAUUACGUUGGAAAGAUGGAUACGGAUACCCUUCUGUAUACGGAUACCUUUUUCGAAGAAACCAAGGACUGGCCAACCUUUCCCGACAAUGCCCGAGUCUAUGCCGGGCAACUUGCCAUCAAGGGAGACGGAAUCAUUCCAAUUGGACCACUUCCUUUGAAUGGAAUCAACUACAUGUAUGGUCGGAUUUAUAUGAUGUCACCCGAUUUAGCACGCUUUGUGUCCAGCGAUGAAUGCGACCGGAAAAGGUGGGGGACCCAAUCCGAAGACAUCUCCAUGGGCAACUACGUCCAUUCCCAUCGACUACCGAUCCACUUGAAACGACUCAGCAAAUUUUGCAUAGUGCAUCCAAUCAAGGAGCCAGCUGCUUUCAAAGCGACUUGGGAACAAGAUGAUCAAGAGGAAGAGGAGGUAGACUUGGUUGGGAUCUAG